CGCAGUCGGGGAAAAUUAGUCGUUGAUCAGUCGUAAAUGUAGCGACUAAUUUGCGACUGAUCUCUAGUCACAAAUAAGUCGCUAAGUAGUCUGCAAAAACCGGUACAAACGUGGUAAACAUUUUUUCGUCGGUGUACCUAAUUUUUAUCUGCAGUCGGAAUUUAGUCACUAAUUAGUCAGAAUAUUUUCUAUAUAUAUACAGGCUCUUACCGUUUUCUUCUCCUCACUCGUACAAAGCAUGAAAAAAAAGUAGCAAAAAAAAACGAAAAUUAAAAAAAAAACUAACAUUUGUCAUAUAAUGUCUGGAAAUUAUAAUUAUUCAAAUUUCCGAGAGUGGAUGUACAAGAGGAUCGAUGAGGAGACAGGAAAACUUUCUGAAGAGUUCAUAGCGGGGGUGGAACAAUUUAUGACAUUCGCAAACAGUCAGUCUCUAACACAAAGUAAUGGCGGUAAGUUUUUCUGCCCGUGUACUGUUUGUCAAAACGAUAAAUUUCUCGCGGGAACAAAAAUUUGGAGACAUAUAUAUAAUAGAGGAUUUAUGCCAGACUAUUAUGUUUGGUAUAAACAUGGAGAAGAAAUUGAUAUUGCAUUAGGAACGAGUUAUGUUGACCCGACGCAUUUAAGUGGUAGUGAUCAAGAAGUUGGUAAUGAGGAUAAUUAUAUAGAUAUGGUGAAUGAUGCAUUUCGUGAUAAUGUGAGUUUUGAUAACUAUCAACAUGAUGAUAGUUAUCAGAAUGUAGUAGACCCGCAACGCAACCAUUCGAAGAAGUUCUACGAUUUGUUAGAAGGAGCACAAAAUCCUUUGUACGAUGGUUGUCGUGAAGGGCAGUCACGGUUAUCCUUAGCUGCUCGGGUCUUGCAAAACAAGGCAGAUUAUAAUCUGAGUGAAAAAUGUGUGGAUUCAGUAUGUCAAAUGUUGACAGACUAUUUACCAGAAGGAAACACAGCAAUCGAUUCACACUACGAGACCGAGAAGUUGAUGCACAACUUAGGGCUCCCAUAUCAUACAAUUGAUGUUUGUAUUAACAAUUGUAUGAUAUUCUGGAAAGAAAAUGAAAGGUGGGAAGAGUGCCAAUUUUGUGGUGCAGCAAGAUGGAAGCCUAGGGACAAAAGACGCAGAACCAAAGUACCAUAUAGUCGUAUGUGGUAUCUACCUAUAGCUGACAGGCUGAAAAGAAUGUAUCAGAGCAAGAAGACAGCAGCGGCAAUGAGAUGGCAUGCUGAGCACCAAGCAAAGGAGGGGGAAAUGUGUCAUCCAUCUGAUGCGGCAGAAUGGAAACAUUUUCAAGAUAUAUAUCCCCAGUUUGCCGAAGAACCUCGUAACGUUUAUCUUGGAUUAUGUACUGAUGGAUUCAAUCCGUUUGGGAUGUCUCGUAAUCAUUUAUUGUGGCCCGUGAUUCUGACUCCAUAUAAUCUACCCCCUGAUAUGUGCAUGAGUACAGAGUAUUUUUUUCUUACAAUUCUGAAUUCUGGGCCAAAUCAUCCGCGAGCUAGUCUUGAUAUCUUCCUCAAACCUUUGAUCGAGGAGUUAAAAGAAUUGUGGUCAACUGGGGUUGAAGCAUACGAUGUGUCCUUAAAUCAAAAUUUUAAUCUAAAAGCUGUGUUACUAUGGACGAUAAGCGAUUUUCCAGCGUAUGGCAUGUUAUCAGGAUGGACGACCCAUGGUAAAUUGGCUUGUCCAAUUUGCAUGGAAGAUACGAAAGCUUUUUAUCUACAUAAUGGAAGAAAGACGUGUUGGUUUGAUUGUCACCGCAGAUUUCUUCCUCGUGAUCAUCCACUAAGGAAGAAUAGAAAGGACUUCUUGAAGGGAAAAAACGCGGUAAAUGAAUUUCCACCUAAAUCUUUGACUGGUGAGCAAGUUUACUCAGAGUUAUCGGGUGUCAAUCCACUGAAAACGUCUGUUUGCGGUGGAAAUGGUCAUGAAAAGAAGAAGCCUGGUUAUGGGAAAUAUCAUAACUGGCAUAAGGAAAGCAUUUUUUGGGAGUUGCCAAACUGGAAGGACCUGAUACUCCGACACAAUCUUGAUGUGAUGCAUAUAGAGAAGAAUUUUUUUGACAACAUCAUCAAUACUCUUAUGAAUGUUAAAGGCAAAUCGAAAGACACAAUCAAUUCAAGAUUGGAUAUGGCAAUAUUCUGUGAUCGGCCACACUUACAUGUUGAUACUGCUGGUCAAGCUCCAUUUCCUCCUUACAUGCUGGACGAAGAUGAAAAAAAACGGUUAUUGGAAUGUGUGAAACACGCUGUUAAAUUCCCAGACGGAUAUGCUUCAGACUUAGCUAAUUGUGUUGAUUUAGAGAACAACAAAUUUUCUGGCAUGAAGAGUCAUGACUGCCAUGUUUUUAUGGAGCGGCUACUUCCAUUUAUAUUUUCAGAACUCCUAGACCAAAACGUCCAUCUUGCGCUAUCAGCGGUUGGUGUAUUUUUCCGAGACCUUUGCUCGAGAACCUUACAGAAAAAUCACGUCCAAAUGCUUAAACGGAAUAUUGUUUUGAUCAUCUGCAAUUUGGAGAAGAUUUUUCCACCAUCGUUUUUCGACGUCAUGCAGCACUUGCCUAUACAUCUCCCCUACGAAGCUGAACUAGGAGGACCUGUGCAAUAUAGGUGGAUGUAUGUUUUUGAAAGGAAUUUCAAAAAAUUGAAAGCGAAAGCAAAGAACAAAAGAUUUGCGGCCGGCUCGAUUGUUGAAUCAUAUAUCAACGAUGAGAUAGCUUACUUCUCAGAGCACUACUUUGUUGACCAUAUACAAACGAAAUCAUGGUUCACAAGAUUUCAUGAAGGUGAAGUUCCCGUAUAUCAUGUUCCUGGAGUGCCAGAUAUAUUUACACAUGUAGGUCGUCCAAGUGGAGAAAUGCAAGAAAUAUGGCUUUCCGAGAAAGACUACAGAUGCGCACAUGCAUAUGUUUUACGAAAUUGUGAUUAUUUUCAUCCAUUUGAGAGGAUGUUUGAAGAUUUCCUUACUGCCAAAUAUGCAGACCUCUCUGAAAAAGACCUCUCUGCGAAGAGAGCUGACGAAUAUCAAAUAUGGGUGAAAGAUUAUGUUAGCUAUUGGAGCAACACACAUCAUUUUCCUCAGUGGGUUAAAGAUAUUGCGAAUGGACCCAUGAAUAAGGCGAGAACAUGGCCCAUCUAUUUCACAAGAGGCUUUUUGUUCCAUACGCAGAAGCAUGGCGAGGGAAGAAAGACAUGUAACUACGGUGUGAGUGUUAAAGGGGAGAGCUACACAAAUGCUUCUGAUGAAGCUGAUUACUACGGGAUCUUGACUGAUAUCAUACAAAUUCAGUAUGAGGGGUCGGUCGAUUUGAAAAUCACACUUUUUAAGUGUAAGUGGUAUGAUCCGUUAGUUGGUAGAGGCACUCGGCGGAGCAAUGGUGGCAUCGUCGAUGUUCUUUCAUCGAGGAAAUACCAUAAAUACGAACCAUUUAUUCUAGGUACGUAUUUUAUAUUGAACUUAUACUUUUAUGAUUUGAUACUUAAUUUAAUUAUACUUUUAUUAUUUGAUAUUACAUGCACAGCAUCUCAAGCAGAUCAUGUUUGUUAUAUCCCGUAUCCGUACGUUAAGAAACCAAAGCAUUUGUGGCUCAAUGUUUUGAAAGUGAAUCCGAGGGGAAUCAUUUCUGGAGAAUAUGAAAAUAAAGAACCGACAUUGUUGCAACAAGUAAAUGAUGAUGCUGUUUUAAUGACUACGGUUGAAGAUCUAGCAGUUGAUCAUUUGGUUUAUGCUCGGGUACAACCUAUAAAUCUCGAUGUUGAUGUGGAAGAUGUUGAACAAGAUGAUGAAUUUCAAUGUAAUAUAUCGUCAUCCGACGAAGAUGGAGAAGUACCCUACUAAAAUAUAGUAUAAUUUUCUAAACUUUGUUUAAAUAUGUAUUGUAAUAUAAUUUUGUAAACUUUGUUUUAAUGUGUAUUGUAAUAUAAUUUUGCAACUUUGUUUGUUGUGUAUUGUAAUAUAUUUUUGUUUAAAACAAAUAUAUAAUCAACUCAUAAACAAAGUAAAAUUAUUUCUCUGAGCCCUAAACCAACACAUUCUAGAUCACUACCCUAUACCCUAAAUUGUAUUAACCUUAAACUAAAACCAAAAAGACCCGGCCAAAUUUUCAUUUGGUGAUUGUGUUGUUAAUUUUCAUUUGGUGACUUAUGUAAAUAAGGUGAAAUUUUCACUCCCCGCGAAGCCUAAAUUAAUUCCCACCCAAAUUAAUUUAACCCUCCAAAGCCCAAAAUAAUUACUCUUAUAAUCGAUAAAA